AUGCCGGCCGCUACAGAAGAGCCCAAGACCGACGGCCGCCUGCUUCUUGUCUCCAAUCGGCUGCCCAUUACAAUCAAGCGAUCAGAUGAGGGGAAAUAUGACUUCUCCAUGUCCUCUGGCGGGUUGGUUAGCGGAUUGAGCGGCCUCUCCAAAUCCACCACCUUCCAGUGGUACGGCUGGCCAGGUCUUGAGGUGCCCGAAAACGAGAUACCCGAGCUGAAAGCCCGGCUGAAGGACGAAUACAAUGCUGUACCAAUAAUGCUGGAUGACGAGCUCGCGGACAGGCAUUACAACGGCUUCUCAAAUUCUAUCCUCUGGCCACUCUUCCACUACCAUCCUGGAGAAAUCACAUUCGACGAGUCGGCCUGGAAUGCCUACACCGAAGCGAAUCGCUUGUUCGCGCGAGCAAUUGCAGCUGAUGUGAACGACAACGAUAUGGUGUGGGUCCACGACUACCAUCUGAUGCUGCUCCCUGCCAUGUUACGUGAGGAAAUUGGAACUUCCAAGAAAAAUGUCAAGCUGGGCUUCUUCCUGCACACACCUUUCCCGAGUAGCGAGAUAUAUCGGAUUCUUCCGGUCCGCAACGAAAUAUUGCUCGGCGUACUCCAUUGCGAUCUCAUCGGGUUCCAUACCUACGAUUACGCCCGCCAUUUCCUGAGCAGCUGUUCAAGAAUCCUUGGAUUGGCGACUACGCCAAAUGGGGUUGAGUUUCAAGGGAAGCUUGUGACCGUGGGUGCAUUCCCUAUCGGCAUUGACCCCGAGAAAUUCGAAGAAGGUCUCAAGAAGCCAAAAGUCCAAGAGCGCAUAGCUACUCUGGAGCGCAAGUUUCAGGGUGUCAAGCUCAUCGUGGGCGUAGAUCGCCUCGAUUAUAUCAAGGGAGUACCUCAGAAGCUUCACGCUCUUGAGGUUUUCCUCACCGAGCACCCUGAUCAAAUAGGCAAGGUGGUAUUAGUGCAGGUAGCAGUGCCCAGUCGACAAGACGUCGAGGAGUAUCAGAAUCUACGUGCUGUUGUGAAUGAGCUUGUGGGAAGGAUAAACGGCAAAUUCGGCACGAUCGAAUUUAUGCCCAUCCACUUCAUGCAUAAAUCUGUCUCAUUCGACGAGCUGAUCGCUCUCUACGCCGUAUCCGACGUCUGUCUCGUGUCUUCCACCCGCGAUGGCAUGAACCUGGUCUCAUACGAAUACAUCGCUACGCAGCAGAAACGUCACGGAGUCAUGAUACUAUCCGAAUUUACGGGAGCGGCACAGAGUUUGAAUGGCAGCUUGAUAGUCAACCCGUGGAACACGGAAGAGUUGGCCGACGCGAUCCACGACGCCGUGACCAUGGGCGAUGAACAGCGUGCCAUCAACUACCAGAAAAUGGCCAAAUAUGUCAACAAGUACACGAGCGCGUGGUGGGGCCAGUCUUUCGUCCGCGAGCUCACAAGAAUCUCAGAGCAUGCUGAGAACAAGCUCAAAGUCCGCCGGGGCUCGACUUUCGAUUCCACGGACAGCAAUGCUCAGCCUGCGGAACGACCGUCAACCACGCAAGAGCACAUCGUCCUGGUCCCCGAAAAGUCCGUGCCUCUGUAG